AGAGCAAUAGAUUCACCGCGGAAAGCUGCGUGAUUGUCAGCUCUGCGACCAAGGAAUUCCGCAGGUGCAACUGGCGAUGGGAUAAUCGGAGAUUUCACCUUGUAUCUGAAGAGAUAACGCCAAACGUCCCAAGAGGAGUUCCGGGAAUCAGUGGGAAGUCUGUCACUGGGACCACCCUACCAGUUUGGCUGACGUCCCCGGGGCCAGUGCUCUUCCGGAAACAUGUGAGGAGCAAUAAAUACUCCCCGCUGGUAGAGAGGGUUCACCUUCUACAUGCGAACCCCCAGUAUGCUUACGUGGUCUUACCUGAUGGGCGGGAGGACAUGGUCUCCAUCCGCGACCUGGCACCCGCAGGUGCAGCAGACCACUACCCUGAAGGCUCUCCGGUAACUAUGAACCCUGCACCAGAGGUGACACCGUGCUCACCAGGCCCUACACAGACUCCUCACGACACUUGUAUACCGGGCGUUUCGUACGCAUUUAUACCAGGCGCCUCGCACAUGCGUGAGGGAUCACCGGCGCCUAGUGGGCAAGAACAAGCGCAACCUCCGUCCCCUGUGCAAUCACCAAUGUUGCCGGCAUCUAUGCGAUCACAGCCGGUGCUACGUAGAUCACAGCGACAGAUUCGACCACCUGAUAGACUUGACUUGUAAGAAACUUCGCCACAUGGGGACUCUUUCAAACAAAGGGGGGGUGAAUGUGGUGAACUAUGUGCCUGUCUGGACACGCCCCCUGCUGACUGCUCCUGUGGCUCCUCCCACAGGCCCCUGUAUAAAGGCGAUCUGAGGCCUGACGCUCGGCCUCAGUCUCCAGGACAAAGUAUGAUAGACACUCACUCCUGGUUCCUUCUUCCAGUCAAUAAAAGCCGAUAUCUCGCCUUACGUCUCAGUGUGAGUUAUUGAUGGUGCAUCAAUGACUAAAGUGAAGACAUUAUUUUUAACUGAAAAGGCAAUGUAAAGUCAUAUGCUUAAGUUAACGUGAGCAGGUGUCCUACUCCAGCACUGCAAUUGUUUCAACUUCCUAUAGUCAUUAUAUUUGAUUCCCUUGUCAUCAGCAACAAAACUGCAGAAGAUAGUCAGUGGGUUAGGCAUAAUCUGUGGAAACUGCAGGAGAGUUGACAUUUGUUGGGGUAAAGCUUUAUGCAGAGUCUCAACCCAAAAUGACCACUUUCCCUUUAUCUCCACGGAUGCUGACUGACCUGCUGAGUUCCUCCGGCAGUUGGUUUACUUGCUCCAGAUUCCAGCAUCCUGUGUCUCCACUUUGUUUUCUGAAUGCUUUCAUACCUGCAAUUCCAAUCCACUAUUGUUGAUAUGUAAAUUUCCACUGAUGGUCCAGAGGCACGGGAAGGUUUGACAAAACAUGGUUUCUCUUGGGGAU